AUGGUGAUACACAGUGCGGAUAAGGCGUUCGCUUGCCGGGAGUGUGGUAAAAAGUUUGCGCGCAAGGCGGAGCUGCUAGACCACGAGCGUAUUCACACAGGUGAAAAACCGUUUGCGUGCGAUAUGUGCGAUGCAAGCUUUGCGCAACGGUCAAAUCUUCACUCGCACCGGCGGAUGACGCAUUUGAAUGACAAACGGUUUAAGUGCGAUCGAUGUGAUGCGGCCUUUAAACGGCGCCGAUUGCUCACCUACCACAUCAGGGCGAUGCACACGGGUGAGCGACCGUACAAGUGUGAUCUCUGCCACGCGACCUUCGUCUAUCCGGAACACUUUCAAAAGCAUAAGCGAAUCCAUACCGGCAUCAAACCGUACGCCUGCGAGGUGUGCCAUCGGACGUUCACCAGUCAGGACAACCGCAAUGCGCACCGGUACGUGCACAGUGACAAGAAACCGUUCGAGUGUGUCACGUGCGGUGCCGGUUUUAUGCGCAAAUCGCAUCUGUACACGCACAUGCAGGAGGUGGGCCAUCUGAGUGAUACGAUCGUGGUGAACCAGCCGCGCAUUAGCGCCAACCGUACGCUGGAGUUUGAGACGGACACGUACGUGACCGAUGGUACGGGUGAGGGCGAGCAGGGCCAGGAGAUGGAGGGUUCGGAUGAGGAGAACGUACAGUUAACGUACAUUUGUGACGAUGAUAAUGUGGACGGUGAGUUGGAAGCGGAAUAG